AUGUUUGAUAAUAUUAUUCAUGCCAGAAAUGGAGAUUUUUACCAAAUAGGAUCUGGAAACCAAAUUAAUACAAGAGGAAAAAAUACCGAACGUUCCUCAAAUUCAACGAAUAAAGGAAAUGAUUUAUUAGAUCCUAUUUCAAAAUCAGAUAUUAUUGGAAUUUCUUUAAAUUCUUGUAUUAAACAAGAUGAAGAAUUUUCAGAGUUGAGUCAUUUCUUAAAAGGAAUAUACUCAACAGAUUAUGAAUAUCGACCUGAAACAUUUGAAGUUAAAGCUUUAAGUGGAUAUUUUCCAAAAAAAAUUAAACAGGCCAUAUUAAAUAAUUUUAAAAGUAUGAAAUUAAAUUUAAGAAAUUUUGAUGACAGAAAAUAUCUGAUUAAUAAACUUUCUUCAGAACCUUUGGCUUUAAAAUCAAAAACUUUAAGCUACCAUAGUAUAUUUUAUAUUUAUAAUGAAAAUGAAAUAAUUUUUUGGAAUUGGUCAAAAGAUUAUCCCAUAUAUUCUGUUCAAACUGAAGAAUUUUUUCAAGAAAAUACCAAAAAAAAAGCAAUAAUUACCAGUGUUGGAUCUUUUGAGGACGAACAAUCUUCUUGUAUCAAAAUAUUAGUUAGUACAAAUUAUUAUCUUAUUCUUUUAAACAUUGUUAAAAAUACGAAUGGUAACUAUGUUAUCAACCGAGUAAAAGAUAGUUAUUUUUCUCUUUCUGGAUAUAAAGAUAUUUCUUUUACCAAUAUUAUUUCACAUCAAGCUUCUGGUAGAUUCUUUCUUGGCUGUGGUAAUACAGGUACCAUUUAUGAAUAUACAAUGGAACAAGAAAGUUCUUGGAUUAAAAGAAAAGUUAAGAAAAUUUCUGAAAUUGCUUAUAAUGAUAGCCAAACUCAUUCACUUGCUAGAUUAAUAAAGAUUUCUGGAAAUCAAUUUGUCUCGUAUUUACCCAAAUUUAUUCGUAAUUAUUUUUUUAAUAAAUCACAAAGUUUUAUUAAAUCAAUGUUUAUUGAUGAAUUUAGAGGAUUGAUAUAUGUACUUUAUAUGAAUUCAGAUAUUGAUGUUUUUCUAAUACCAAUUGGGAAUUUUAGAAUAAAAAAGAUUUCUGAUGAUUUAACUUAUAUUGAAAAAGGAGAUUCUUCUAGCUCCAUAAGUACUUAUUUAACAAAGUACUUGUCUUCAAAUACUUUAAACUCGAAUUCAUUUUUUCCAAGCUAUUUUAUUUUCAGACUAAAUAUUAAUACCAUAAAAAGUGAAUUGAGCAAAUUAUUGAAUUCAAAUAAUGGCAGUAAAAAACAAUUAUCUAUUAUGCAACAAAAAAAGAACUCUAGCUUUAUUUCAUGCCUUAAUAUCCACUCAAUUCACCCCACAAGUCCUCAAGAAAGUGACUCUAUUUAUGCCAUUCUAGUCACCAACAAUGGAGAUCGUAUUUAUCUGGAAUCUAUUUUUGAAUUUGGAAAUAAACCUUAUUCAUUUUCUAAUUCACAAUAUAAUAAUCAAUUCUCCCAAAAUUUAGUUUAUUCAAUUCCAAUUAAUAUGAGAGUUAAAGAGUUUAAAAGAACAGCAAUAAGCUCUGAUGAUUCUGAAGAAAAGCUGAUUAAUUCAAGUCUUUACUCAAAUGGAGUUUCUAUUUUAACCACUUUAAACAUUGGAGAUGGUAUAGAUUUACCAGAAUCUAUUUUUUCACAAAAAUCUGAAACAAACUUGAAUAGAAUUCCUGAAAAUUUAAAUGAUGAUAAUGAAACCAUAUUUUCAUUAAUUACAUCGAAUAUAUUUGCUUCUUGUAUUGACCAAACAUUUAUUGCGAAAAACUUAUCAAACAGAAAUUUGGGUUCUUCCAAUAUGCAAAAUAUACCCACCAGUUUAAAUGAAUGGCAAUACUCUUUUUCAGAUCCAAACUUGGGACUAAUUUUAAGCAUAAAAGAAAGAAAUGUUCCGACCAAAUAUCAGAGAUUAUUUGAGAAUCUUUGGAAUACCCCAAAUCCUUUUUCUAAUGAGAGAAAUCCAAGAGAAAUACUUUUUAUUCGUCCAAAUAUUUCAGCUUCAAACCACGAUCAAUUGCUUUCCAAUAGUAAUUUAUCAGGGUUUGGAUGUAAAACUUCUGGCUCAAAAUUCUUCCAUCUUUGGAGAUACUUCUUUAAUAGAUUGAGUUCCAAGUCAAUUCAUGCAACCGAAACAAAGGGAGAAUACAAACCACACUGUUUGAUUCAAAAUCACUUGAGAGCAUCAACAUCAUGUUCAGUUUUUGGUAUCAAUAUUCCUCAAUGUCCUCCAAAUGGACUUAAUGACUUGAUUUUGGAUCAAAUAACUGAAUGUAGAUCUUGGACAAUCGUUACUACAAAAGGAAUAUUCAUUUUGGAGAAGAAGAGACUCUUGGAUAUUAUCACAAAAAUGACUCUUGAACCCCACAAUUACUCUUUUAUGAUAGAUGUUUUUGAUGAACAAGAAAGCUUUAGCCCAAUUAAUGGAUUAAGCUCUUUUGGAAGAAGACGUGGGGAUAUGAAUUUGCAAAAUAACAAAUCAACCACCUUUAUAAUGAAACUUUUAGGGACUUUUGCUCAAACUAUAACUUUUGAACAGUUUUUUGCUUUAAUUUGGCAAGGUCUUGUGUGUAUGAAUACCAAAGAAAUUCUUGAUUCUGAACUUAUACAGAGAUUUUACUCAAGUGACAUUAAGAAUGAUAGUCCUUUUGAAAUUCAUAUCAGAAACAAGGAUGUAGGAAUGCUUGAUAAAAAUCUAACUCGAAAUGACUUUCCUUCAAUCACCUUGAUAAAGAUUUGGCUUACUCUACUUUCAGAUAAUAAUAUCCAAUCCGGAUCAAACUCAAAUUGCUUUUUAAGUAUUAGUUCUUUUAAUCAUAUAUUAGCAGUGACUCCUAGAUUUAAAGGGUUGCUUCUUCUUAUUGGAAGAAUUAUUCGAAGUAUUUGGGGUAUUCCCUUAUUUCAACAAACUGACUUUGAGUUAAUUAAUAAAAAUACUAGAGAUUUUUCCAAAUACAUAGAUGAAGAGGAGUAUAUAAAAAGCCAAUUUAAUCAGCACAAUAAUAGUAAUGAUGAAUUUGAUAUUAGAGACUUUUCAGACAAUAAUAAUAAUUCCAAAUUUGUUUCAGAGUUCAUUAAAUCUCAGAUUGAGAGCACUGGCAAAUUUUGUAAUUCAUACCAAGACAAUUUUCUUUUAUUUAAAGACUUAAAGGCUCCAAAAUCUUUCAGCUGUAAAAAUAAGAAUAUAAUCUUGGAGAUCCAUUCUUGUAUUCAUGAGUUUUUUAAGUCUGAAGCUUCUGAUUGGUUAACCCAUAACCAAGUUGAUAAUUCAGUCUCAUCAGGUACGAUAUAUAAUAAUGAUAAGAUAGGCAAUAAAAGUAACGGACUUAUUCCAGAAAAUAAUACAGUAGACUUUGCCAUGAAUGACUCAAUUUCGGUGACAAUAUCUUCAUCUUUAAAAGAAGAUCAUAUUUCUCAUCUCAAAAAUAACUUGAUACCCAUAAAUAAUCUCUUAAAUUUAUUAUUACCUUGGUGGUUCCCAAAUUUUAAUGUGGAGAUUAACCGUAAAAAUGAUGAAAAUGCCAUCUUUUUGGCAAACAAUUACUCUACAAACUCAAGUUUUAACUCCAGUUCUAGUUCUAAUUCAAACACAUAUUCUUCAGUAAACAUUUCUGAGCUCCAUUUAUUCAUAGAAACUAAGAACUUUAUCUCGAGAACCAUUGAAAUUUUGGAAAUGAUGAGUCUUUUCUGCAAAACUUAUCCCUUUGGACUUAAAUAUAAUGCUAAAAUAACAAAUGAAGCCAUUUUAUGCUCCUCUUAUAUGGAUAUUUUAAAAAAAUCAUUAAACAAAUUUACAUUAUUUGAAUUAUCAAAUAAUAAAGGACUCCAAUUUGUUCUUCGACUUUUAUUUAGAUACAAUAUACUUUCAGCAUCCCAAUAUAUGUCUUCUAUUUCAUCAAGCUCAAAGUACUCUUUAAUCUCGUGCCAACAAGUUGCAAUUGAACACUGCAUAUCAUCCUUAAAUAAGGAUGUAAUUCUUAACAAAAGAAAGAAAAAUCAUGCAGAGGAUUUGCUGGGCCGAAAAAAAUUAGUUCGUGCAUCUAAGGUAAAUACCAAAGAUAAUGAACAACUUGGAAACUUAUCAAGUUCACAGAUUAUGCCCAUUCUGUUUGAAAAUAUUUAUGAAGUACCUUUAAAUAUUGUUUUGAGUCUUUUAUACUACAAUAAGGAAAUUCCAUCUAUCAUCACUCUAAUUAACUCCCAAUCCGAAUAUAUUCACCACACUGGUCUUCUACCUCCCUGGCUUUCUAACGGGGAAAAAGUCGAAAUAAGUAUUCCAACUUCCAUCUCUGAAUUUUCUAGUCAUAUCUCAAACUCAAAUUCCUUUGUAAAAUACUUCCUUUCUAUCCUACUCUUUGAAAUCAACCAAUUUGAACCUCAAUAUAACAACAGGUUAAUGAGUUUCCAAGAUAUAAUUGUGAAUUUCGAAGAGAGUGGCUGCAAAACCUUGCUUGAAUUUUGUAAAACUUCGUCCUUAACCCACGCGGUCAGGUCCAUAUAUACUUAUGAGUUUCAUUGCUCUCUCUGGAUUUACCAAAACCUACAACAUACAUUGGAUAUCACUUAUAAUGAAUAUAUUAUUGAAAUUGGAAAGUUUCUCUCAAAAAUUGAUCUUGUUGAUGACCCAGCAUUUGAUUACCUUAAAGAUUUAGAUGUUUCAUUUAAUCACUUAAAAAACUCAAGUACACCUUCUGAACAGAAAAUUCUUGAAAAUAAGCUCAUUAUGUUCAAAAACCUUAGAGAAAAUAUUCUUAAAAUGAGAUUUUCAAUUAUUGAAUUCAUUCUUUGCUGCCUUAAACAAGAAUCUGAUUACAAACAAAAAUUUAAUAAACAAAACUCAAAAUCGUUUUCGUCCACAUGCAGAGAAUGGCUCCACUAUUACAUGUUUUCUUACGUGUCUUAUAUUGAUUCUUGCAUGCAAAAAACGGUACACGAAGAAAUAAUUAACAUAAAAGGUGGUAAUCGGUUGGAAAAUUGGUUAAUAAAGAAUUUAUCUAUAUCAGUGUUCCAGUUUAGCGAACAUUCUGUGUAUUUGAAGAAUUGGUUAGAACAUUUUCAUUUGAGUGAGAGUCACAGCUAUAGUGUUAUUUCUAAUGAAGAUAAAAAAUUAAAUAGGGGUUUCAUGACAAACAAUAGAUUCUCAGAUGGGUUUGAGAAUAAAAUAGCUGGCUCAGUAAAGCAAGGAUAUGACAUUAAUUCGGUAAAAAAAUCAGAAAAUGAUCAACCAAGUGAGAAUAAUGGUGUGGGAUUGGUUCCAAAUAACUAUAAAAAUGAAAAUAGUCUCAAGAAUGAUCAAGGUUAUUUGCUUUACAAUGCCAAGCAAUACUUUUCUGCUGGGCAGUAUUACUACACAAAAUCUAAAGCUAUAUGGAAAAUUCCUUCAGGUGUGAAUUCUAUGAUUGCACAAACUCAAGGGGAAAUUUAUAAAUCAGCUUCUAGAAAAAAUUUUAACUCUGCUAAGUUAAAAGAAGUGAAUAGUGAUGAAAUUACAAAAAUGCAAGAUUUCAUGAGGAGGAGUCUUGAUAAAUACAGGAGGAGAAUUUCUAGCUCAAGUUUCAUCCAGGGUGGGAAAAGACUCGAUGCUAUUUUCGAAUUACUAUCGGACAUUCAUUUACAGGUAUUGAAAAUGCAACAGGACCCAACAUUGAUUCAAAGAAGAUCAUUGUUACUGCAAUCCCAGACUUGCAUUGAAAGAGAUAUGAAUGAUGAUAAGAAUAAAGAGUUCAUUAAAAGCAUAAGAAAUGAUAUCUUUAAUAUAGAUACACAGAUAGAGAUACUGUUACAAAUUGCCGAGUUUAUUAACUACUAUAUUCUAACAGCUCUGGAGCAAAAUGUUAAUAUUAAUCCACUUGUGAAACAAAUUUUUGAUCUUUUUGGCACUUCUGUUAGUAACAGUAAUGAAAUAUUGCAUUUUAAUGAAAAUUUUGAGAUUUCCCAGGAAGGAAUUAACAUUUUUAAAAGCUUAGUUAUGGGAAUUUACCAUAUUCAAAGUAUGGUACAUAGUAAUGAUACUCUAUUAGAGUUUAUUACAGAAUUUUACAAUUUGACAGGUUUUUCAUCUAUUACUGAAAUCAAAUGGUUAAUGGAAAACUCAAAAAAUGAGCCGAAAAUAAUAGACCAUAUUAUUGUCAAAAUUCCAUCAUUAUGUGAAUACAGAACUAAGCAAUCCUUUUUCUUUGAAUCUCCUAUAUUAUUUGAAGUAGAUAUAGCUGAUCUACUACUAUUAUGUGAAAAUUCCAUGCCUUAUGAUCUAAAUCAAAAUAAUCAAAGUAUUAGAAAUGGAAUGAAUUCCAGAAUAUCUCUGCAACAAUUUGAUUCAAUUUUGGAAACAAUUACUUUAGAGCUAUAUAAGUUCUCUAUAUUAUAUUAUAAUAGAUUUAGACAAAGUGAUCUUGUCGAUAUUUACAGCUUUGAAGAUGUAACUCGAGUUAAAUCUAGAGUACUUUGGUGGGUUUGGCCAAUUAGAUUUUUACUAUUCCAUUUAAAUAACAGAUCUAUUGUUUCAAGGCUUUUACCAUUAUUUUCUGGUAAUUCAAAUAAUUCCAAUCUUCUUUCAAAUAUGAUCAAUAAUCAUGAAAGAAUGGAAAUUUCUGAAAUGAUCAAAGCUAGUAUUGUUUAA